UCUGGACAACCAGAGGCCGAAAUGGUGUGUAGCAUAUUCUUGGCAACUGUGUAAGCUACAUGCUGCCAGUAAGGAGUUAAAGCCAGAGAUGUGAAGGGAAUCCUACCCCUAAUGAUAAUAAUGGUGAUAGUUUUCUUGCUGCUUCUGUUCUGGGAAAAUGAGCUGAGUGAGGAAGCAAUACAGGUGUCAUCCCUGGAGCACCUGCACGUGGACUACCCUCACAGUGACAUUCCUGUAAGGUACUGCAACUACAUGAUUAUACAGAGAGCCAUCAGGGAGCGUGAUCACACUUGUAAAAAGCAGCAUGUCUUCAUCCAUGAGAGGCCCAGAAAAAUCAACAGUAUUUGCGUUUCUCCCAAGAAGGUGGCUUGCCGAAACUAUUCUGACAUUCUCUGCUUCCAGAGCGAGACAAUGUUCCAAAUGACAGUCUGUCAGCUAACUGAAGGCACCAGAUAUCCUGCCUGCAGGUACCACAUUUCCCCCAUGGAGGGAUUUGUUCUUGUCAUUUGUGAUGAUUUGGGGCCAGUGAAGUUCCUGGGAUAUGUGGAAUAACUUGAGAUCAAUGCCUGAGUCUGAGAUUCUGCCAUCUCCCCUCUGCAGCCCUGGGGCAGACUGUAAAUGUGGACAUGGGGGACUGCCCUGAGUGAA